AUGGCGGAUGCGCGGCUGAUGGAGGAGGAGCUGCAGCAAAGCGCCAUGCAGUCAGAGCGGGAAGCUGGGCUGGCGCAAGGGGGUGACGACGAUGGGGACGUGGAGAUGGGCGACGACUAUACAGUCGCUUCUCAAAGUCACAUCGAUGUCGGCUCCGGGUCCAUAGAUGGCGACGGGGAUGAGGAUAUGGAAGAAGAGGACGACAAAGAGGCGUACGAUGACGAAGACGACGAUGGGCAUGGGGAGCAUGACGAUGACCACAGCGGCAGUGGUCAGUCUGAAGAAGAAGACGGCGAUGCCUUCGACGAGGAUGCCGAGGGUGAAGAGGACGAUGAGCUAGUAACCCGAAAUCACCGCCCACAGCGGAGGUCUAUCAGUAUGACAAACGGCCACCAUGACGGCGAUGACGGCGAUGACGGCGAAGAAGACGAAGACGAGGGUGUCGGCGCUGUCAAGAUUAGACCCGGGGAAACCGAUGACGAGGAUGACAGCGGCGAUGACUCGGCGAGUUUGGCUAGCGUCAGUGAUGCUGAAUCGGAGGAGGAGGCGGAAUGGGAAGGGGCCGAUAACGAUGACGCCGAAGACGAUGAGUUUGAAAACGCCGCUGGUCAUUGCAUAUUCUGUAAACAGGAUGAGGAGCAUGACCCGGGCGAGGAGUUUGAGGUGUUCCUUGCUUGUACCAAAUGUGGGGAUAACGGACCCGACACCUGGCGAUGCCCCAGAUGUGCGAAUGACCCGGAUUCAGAUACCCCCGCAGACGUGGACGGGAUGGUGGAUGGGGCUGGUGCCUCCACAGCUCAGCGCGCUACCGCCCCAAAGGUCGCGCGGGAUUUGCUUCCCUCGCAGAAAGGGGCCACCAACCCUGACUCUCACUCUGUCUUCAACCAGUUGGUUCUCGACGAAGACCCCAUGGAUGGAUCUCGUGUGCUUAGGAAACGCAAAACAUCUUCGGUCGAACCCGACGAAAGAAUCAUAGCCCUUCGCAGGCGGCGUAGAAACACGGGCGAUGAACAAAGCAACGAGGAUACAGCAACAGGCCGGGAAGACUCGUCCAGGCCAGUUUCGAGGUCUCUGCGGCUGAAGAUCCCGAACCAGGCCGCAUCUAUCGCCGAGAGGACACCAAAUGUCAUUUUGGUGAAUCUGCGGAUAAAUCCAUCCGAGCUCCAUCGGAUUUUGUCACAGCCGCCAAAGGGGCCGAAGAAGCGCUCAGGCCGGUCACGGCGCCGAACCUCAAGAAGCGAGUCCACGCGUGCAGCGCCUCUGCCUCUGGCCGCAAUUGCAACACCAUUUACACCAAGCGCGUAUUCGCAACCAUUCUACUCGUUUUAUGACAAAGAAACGGAUGAGCUAAAAGGUAAACCUUAUGGCGGAAUCCUCACGGAAGCUGAGGCCGACACGUCGAAAACAAUGCCCACAAAUGAUGACCGCCGGCGCUUUGACGAAGCCAAACAAAAGGCGGAAGAGGAAUGGCGACAGCGGCUGCUCAAGAAGCAAGCCGAGGUGGAAGCCCCCGCCAAGAAGUCAAGGAAAGCAUCAGGACCUGCCAGCCAGAUCGAGUGCAUCGAGUUUGGUGGUUGGGAGAUCGACACAUGGUAUGCGGCACCCUACCCGGAAGAGUAUAGCAGGAAUCGCGUUCUCUACAUCUGCGAAUUCUGCCUCAAGUACAUGAACUCGGACUAUGUCGCUUGGCGCCAUAAACUCAAAUGCCCAGCUAAGCACCCCCCGGGAGACGAAAUCUACCGGCACGGCUCAGUAUCAGUCUUUGAGGUGGACGGCCGCAAGAAUCCGGUCUACUGCCAGAAUCUGUGUCUCUUGGCGAAACUUUUUCUCGGGUCCAAGACCCUCUACUACGACGUGGAGCCGUUCCUCUUCUAUGUUCUCUGCGAGUACGACGACAUGGGCUAUCACUUUGUCGGAUACUUUUCAAAGGAGAAGCGUGCUAGCAGUCAAAACAACGUUUCCUGUAUUCUUACACUCCCGAUUCAUCAACGGAAAGGGUACGGCAACCUUCUCAUCGACUUCUCCUACCUCCUGACCAGAGUCGAGAACAAGACUGGCUCCCCGGAAAAGCCCCUCUCCGACAUGGGCUUGGUUUCGUACAGGAAUUACUGGCGGUUGAUAAUGUGCCGCUACCUCUUGGCGCGUUUCUCCGAGGAGAAGUCUGGGAAGAUUGGCCUCGGUAUCAAGCAGAUCUCAGACGACACCGGGCUGACGCCAGACGACGUCAUCUCAGCUUUGGAAGGGCUGAGGUGCUUAGUCCGGGACCCGCAAACGCAGCUUUACGCCUUCCGGGUGGACUUGCAGUAUUACCGGGAGUACGUUGCGAAGUGGGAGGCGAAGAAAUACGUUCAGCUCAAUGAAAAGGCCUUAACAUGGACCCCGUAUGUCAUGGGUAGAAGCAAUGCGACAAACUUUGAGCUGGGUCCGGCUUUGAACGCCAUCGCCCCAAGGGAAGAGGAAGAGGAGGUGAAACCGGCAGUCCCGCCAGAGGAGCCGCUGGUUAAUGGGACGGACCCCCCCAACCAGCCAGAUACCUCCGCCGAGGAAACCAAGAUUGCACUCGAGCCCGUUGUCCUUCAAUCGACCGAGCCCAGCGAGCCGGCCGAGGCCACUGAAUCCCUUGAGCGAGUGGAAACGGACACAGGGAGCGGUGUCAACGGCGGCACCAUCCCAGACGGCGUCGCCACUGACCGGAAUUCUACGGAACAAAAAAUGCAGACCGAGGCUCAUCCAGAGCCAGUCAAAAUCACGGCGGCGAACUGGAUUGACCAAUACAAAGACGUUCCUCCAAGUCGGUUCGAAGUGGUUCCGCCCAUUAACGGCCGCCGAUCCGACCGCACUCGCUCAAUUAUUCCCCGACCGCCGGCCGUGCGGACUGGCAGCAGCGGCGGUCCCCGACCGAAACCCAGGCGCCCAACCACGUCCCGCCGUUCAACGUCGUCGCGGCCCAGGAAUAGCACCAGCAACAGCAAGCGGAAGCCGGGCGGCACGGGUCGUGGACCGGGCCGUUGGCCGAAGGGAACUAAAAAGAGCGAUUACGGUAACGCCGCUAGUGGGCCAGGUCUCCCGCCGGCGUGGCUCGCUGAACGCGCCAGGAUGGCGGUGGUGGCAGCGGCGUCCAAGAAGGGGACAGGUGACGGCGUCGCGGAUUCGGUGCAAGUGCAAUCGCCUACCUUAGAAGAAGGCGGUGGGCAGGCGCAGAAAGGGAAGGGAAAGGGGAAGGGAAAGGAGAAAGACUCCGGAAAGGAGAACACGGACGUGGAGAUGCAGGAUGCUGAGGGCGAGGUGGAUGUGUGA